AUGAAUCGAAGUACUUCAACCAAUCAAACAUCUAUAGAGGAAGAACCAAUCAAUCAAAACUCAGAUAUACCAUAUGAAUCAAUUGGUAAGAGUAUACCGCCUAACGAUCAUCAAUUACAACAACAACAACAAGAAGAAGAAGAAGAUAGAUUAAAUCCUAUAGCAGAAGAAUCAAUAUCAAAAGUUGAACAAGAAAAACAUGAUUAUCAAGAUAUACUUCAACGUAGAUCUCCAGCUCGUACGGUUAGAACCAGUUCUUAUCAAGAUAAAUUAGCCUAUCAAGUCAAUAAAGAUUUCAAUUAUGAUAAAAAUUCCAACUCUUUUACAUCAACUCCAUCUUCAUCAAUUCCAAAUACUUUUAAAAAUAAAUCCCAUCCAAAUGCUAAAACUAAAACUUCAUUAGGUUUAUCGACUCUAGCGGCUGAUUUAAAUGAUAAUGAUUCUCAUAAUGUAAGUAAAAAGUCUAAUAUUGGAAAUGAUAAUGAUAAUGAUGAUGAUGAAUUUAAUACUCCCCCUAUUAAAACUUCUACUAUCAAACUUCCCAAGGAAUCAAAUAAUAAUAAUAAUAAUAAUAAUAAUAAUAAUAAUAAUAAUAAUAAUAAUAAUAAUAAUUCAACUUCAGAUUGGAUGCCAUCAGUAUUAAAUGUUCCCUGGACUGGACCAAUUGAAACUCAACUACCAACAACCAUUAAUAAUAAUAGCCAAUCCAUUGUUGAUUUUAAUUCAUCAGUUAGAAUUAAUAAAAAACCAGGUAAUGAACCAAAUCAAGAAUUAAUCGAUUUAAACUUAGAAUUUGCAUCUGGUAAUACUAUCCUUCAUAAUUCAAAAUUUAAUACUACUGAUAAUGAACCCCAAUGGAAAAAGCAUGCUCAAGCAUAUAAUGAUCAAAAAGAAUCUCAAUCUCAUCUUCAAAAUAUAUUUCUAUCAGUUGAUUCUCAUGAUAAAUCUGCAUCUGGUCAUGAUGGUAAUCAUCCUGGUAAUAGUCAAUCAUUAUCUUCAACUAUAUCCACUCCCAUGGUUACAUUAUCAAAUUUCCAAGGUAAAGAUAAUAAUAAAUCUAAUAGUGUUCCUCAAACUUUACCAAAUUCACAUGUUGAAGAAGUAGUAUCUAAAAAUCCUGAAUCUCCUCUCAAGUUAUAUGGUGAUAAUUAUAAUACUUAUACAAAGGGUGUAUUAAGUGGAAUAAUGAAUAAUUUUAAUUAUAGAUCAAAACAAAAUACUCCUAUACAAGGUCAAAGUUUAAAACCGGAAGAUUUCGAUUCUUUACAACAACAUCCUCCUCCCAAACUUGAAAUUACCAAAGUAUCGGAAUCAAAAAUGAGAUCUCCAAAAUCAAAAAUUAAAAUGUUUACUAAAAGUGGUGAUUAUACUGAAGAAAAAUACUUACAGAAUGCUGAUAAUAUAUUUAAAAAUAUUAAGAAAAGAGGGUUUAAAAUCCCGUUUAAUGAACCUUCAUCUAACAAUCUCACUAAUACAACUGCUGCUACUGCUACAUCUACUCCUAAAAUAAAUAAAAUUAUUGAUGAUAAACCUGAAUCUCAAGAUGAAUUUUCGACUUUUUCAAGUUUAUCUCAAGAGAAGAUUUCAGAUGCAGAAUAUCAUCAAUUUAAUUCUGAUAUAGCUGCCACUAAUAAUGAAUAUACUUCAUUUGAUCAUUCUUCUAAACUUCAAGAUAGUACUGAAUUCCCUAAUACUGCCAUGGAUAAUUUACGUAAUCUUGAACAAGUUCCCGAAUUUGAAAAUGAAAGUUCUUAUACUUUUGAAGAUUUAUCGGACAAUAAUGAAAUAUCAAGAAGUAAAUUAGAGAAGCUUUCAUCACCUAAAAAGAUCAUCAAGACUAAUGAGGUUGUAGCAGCCAGAAUUUCUGAACAGUCUACUAAUAUCAAGGUUCAUCAUGAUACAUUUGAUGGUAAUGAUAGUAAUAUUAUCAGAUGGAAGAGACCAUCUCAGUUAAGGCUCUCUCAAGGGUAUAAUGUUCAAGAUCAUCCAUCCAAUGAUUCUAAACCUCAACAACGUGUUGUACGGGGUAGAAUCCUUCAAGCCCCUGAUUUACCUAUUGAAUAUGAAAAUAUGAAAUUAGAUGUUGAGAAUCAAAAAUGGAUGACCAAUAAUAAUGAUGAUAAAGAGAAUUUCCAAGGUAGUUUAGAUUCCAUUGAAGAUUUGAUAUCUAAUUCUGAAGAUUUAAGAAUUAAUGAAAGUUUAAAUAAUCAAGGGAAGAAGAAUAAAUUAGAAGUCUCAUUUCAUUUACCAAAUCAUGAUAAUAAUAAAGGAGAUAAUGAAGGGGAUGAGAAAAGUCCUUCUUUUAAUGCUGAUAUUACAAGAAUUUCACAAGUUAAUGAUAUGACUUUUUCCCAGACUAGACAAAAAUUAGCAUCACUUCUUACUGAUAUUAUCUCCUUAGAUGAAAAUUUACUGUUUACUCCUUGGAAUGAAAUUUUAGAUAUUUCUUUAAAUGGGAAUGAAUUAGAAUCGAUAAAGGAUUUAGAUAAAUUUUUACCUCAUUUACGAUAUAUUGAUCUUUCGGAUAAUUUAUUGACAUAUGUUGAAGGAUUACCCAAACAUAUUUUAAAUUUGAAUUUAAAGAAUAAUCAUAUUCAAAAUUUAACUCCAUUUUAUCAAUUGCAUGAUUUACAAUAUAUCAAUAUAACUAAUAAUGAAAUGGUGACGCUUUCAAAUUUCAAUAAAAAUAUUCAUUUACGAGAAAUCAUUGCCCCAUCUAAUCAAUUGAUGUCAUUAAGUGGGAUUAAUAUUUUAACAAAUUUAACUAAAUUAGAUGUUUCGGAUAAUAAAUUAAAAGGAAUUAUUAAUUUUGAAGAUUUUGAUUUACCAAAUUUACAAGAUUUAAGACUUUCACGGAAUAAAAUAUCAUCAAUUAAAAAAUUAGAAAAUUUACCUCAAUUAAGAUUAUUAUAUGUUGAUGAGAAUGAAUUAACUGAAUUUGAAUGUGAGGGGGGUCAUAAUCAUUUAAAGAAACUUCUGGUUAAAUUGAAUAAAAUCACCGAAUUAGAUUUAAUGCAAUUCCCUGCCUUAAGAGUAUUAAGAGUUGAUGGUAAUCCAUUAAAGAAAUUAGUCAAUUUACGUCGAUUGAAAUAUUUAGAAGAAUUAUCAUGUAAAUCUCAAAUCAAUCGAGAAAUUAUUACUGAAUUAUUUAAUAAGGGUCAAUUGGAUUUGAAAGUUUUCGAUUUAUCAGGUAAUAUUGAAUUUAAUUUAAAUGAAUAUCUUUCACAAACAUUAAUUAAGAUUAAUCCAUUUUUAAAUGUUAAUGUAUUAUCACUUUCCGCUAUGAAUUUAACUCAUAUUCCGGAUUCAUUAGCGGUUUGGUUUCCAAAUUUAAGAGAAUUAGAUUUAAAUUUUAAUAUGAUUAAUAAUCUUGAUGGAUUAUCUAAAUUAACUAAUCUUCGAAAAUUAAGUUUAUUAAGUAAUCGAAUUGAAAAAUUUGAAUCGAUUUUAAUUGGGAUUCAAGGGUCAAGAUUGAAUUUACGACAAUUGGAUUUAAGACUUAAUCCAUGUACGAUUGAUUUUUAUCCCUAUGUAUUUGUCCCUCAUGAAUUAUCAUUAGUUAGAAAAGAAAAUUCAGUUAAUAAAAGUCCAAUCCCAUUAGAGAGUCCAGAUGAGAUUGAUUAUUUCGUGGAAUAUUUCAAAACGGUGGAUAGAGAAUCAGAUUGGUAUGAAAGAGAUAUAAAUUUCAUUAAUAAAUUACUUGAUGAAUCCAAUUCCAUCAUUGAACAACGGUUCAAUUAUGAAACAUUGCUUAUAAAUUAUUUACUUAAAUUAAGAAAACUCGAUGGAGGGGAAGUUGAUAAAUCAAAGAGGGUAUCCCAUAAGGAAAGAUUAUCUCUGAUAUUGAAUGUGUAA